AUGGUAGAGACAAGCCAAGAAAAGGCUGCUCGUGAGCAAAGACUAGCAGUUAGGGCUAAAACUAUCUCAUUGCUUAACCGUGAAGGUACUAUUAACCGAAUUAAGGCAUUAGCUGAGACGGCGGCUCGUGUCCAUGAUAAUUUAGAUCUGUUACCUAAUUUUUUAAUUGCUGCUGGUGAUCUGGAUUCUUUAUGGACAUCCUUUGUGUCACAUAAUCAAGCUGUUUUGGAUGCAUUAUUGGAUUUAGACCUUACAUCUGAGUUUUCUACACAAUUAGAAACCGAGAUCCGUUCUCUAUACAUUAGUGUUGUAACUGUAGUUGAACAACACACACCUAAAAGUGAAACUGUGUCACUGGACGGUAGUGCCAAUGGGUCCAGACAUAAUGUGCCUGGUAGCACCUCAGUAUCCCGUCUACCAGAAAUACCGUUACCCUCUUUCAGUGGUGAUUUGAUCGAAUGGCCUGUUUUUCGCGAUAGGUUUCUUGCUAGAGUGGGUCACAUUCCUAACCUGCCAAAUAUUGACCGGUUUUAUUAUCUCCUUGGCUGUCUUAAGGGCGAUGCUCUUUAUACUAUUAAAAAUAUUGCGGUUACGGAAAAUACUUAUAACCUAGCUUGGUCCACAUUAUUUGAACGGUAUGAUAAACCUAGACAAUUAGCGUCACUUAUUGUGGACAAACUUAUUGCAGUCCAGUCUCAGUCUCAGGAGUCAUUGGAUGGACUGAAGCAAUUUCUGAUCCUGUUCUCCGAUCAAGUCGCCAUGUUAAAAUCGUUGAAUAUUCCUGAUUUGGGGGAGUUCAUCCUGUUCGCCUUGUCUGUUCGUGGCCUAUCGCUGUCAACGCGCAAAGGUUUUGAGGCUGCUAAUUCUUGUGAAUUUCCACUGGUUUCGGAUUUGGUCACCUAUGUCAAGUCACGUGUUGCAGUCUUAGAAACUGUCACACAAUCGAGUAACGCGCGAAGUUACAACCAACCUCUGGAUAAAACCAAACCAACUCAUCGACUUGAAAAUAAAAAGUCUAAAGUUGCCUUGUUGUCUUCACAAGCCCCGGUCGCAUCUACUUCCAAAUGUCUUUUCUGCUCUGGCGACCAUUCUACAGUUAAGUGUGUAACCUUUUCUGACAUGUCUCUGGAUGAUAGAUAUCAAGCGGCGAAGGACCGUAAAAUUUGUUUCCGAUGUUUGAAUUCUACUCAUUGGUCGAAUCGAUGUUUAGCGAAGACAUGUCCUAAGUGUAAGGGUCAUCAUCAUGUUCUUCUUCAUCGCGAUUUUGAAGCGUCACGAAAGCCGUCAUCGUCCACUGAUUCUCCAGCCGUCCACAUUGGUUCACUAGAUCGGCCAACUGUUUUACUUGGGACCGCUCUCAUACAUGUUCGUGAUUACUGCGGUCGUGCUCAACCAGUCCGCGCAUUGAUCGAUUCGGCCUCACAGGUCAGUGUCAUGACCUUGGCGUGCGCGGAUCGCCUGGGAUUAAAACGGUCCAAAUGGACAGCACCUAUAACGGGUCUUUCCGGUGUUCAAGUCCCUAAAUUGAACGGUGUGGUAAAAUGUACCAUCGCACCACGGUACGAUAAUAAUACGAAAAUCCAGGUGACAGCUUGGGUCCUGCCCACGAUAACUUCUCACAUGCCGUCUCGUCAUCUGCCCGAGCACUGUAAACACCGAUUUUCGCAUUUGGCUCUAGCUGAUCCUAGUUUUGAUCUUCCAGCACCUGUUGAAUUGUUGUUGGGAGCAGAUGUGUUCUCCCAAAUAUUAGACGGAAAACGCGUGGUCAUAGACCAUUCGUUGCCCACUGCAUUCGGCUCUUUAUUCGGGUGGAUUCUGAUUGGCCCUGUCCCUGAUCACGAGCCCGAUCGAAUCUGUUCAAAUGUUGUUUCACUCACGGUAUCACUCGAGAAUCUAGUUGAACGUUUCUGGCGUGUCGAAGAACCUGACCCUGCUCCAGUUAUGUUUACUGAUGAAGGCAAGUGUGAAACUAUCUACUUAACCGAACGUGUGCGUGAUGAUAGAGGUCGAUUCGUGGUCCCAUUGCCCUUCAUGGAAUCCGGCAAGCAAGAACGUUUUUUAGGAUCUCGACAAAUGGCUUUGCGUCGAUUCCAAAACCUAGAGCGGAAACUUCAAGCUAAUCCAGCUUUGAAUCAAGCCUACUCAGCUUUUAUGAGUGACUAUGAAUCACUAGGGCAUAUGUCUCUCGCUCCUAGUCCUGGUGACUACUUCAUACCUCACCAUCCUGUUUUUAAAGGUGAUGUUGCAACCAGUAAAAUUCGAGUGGUAUUUGACGCUUCGGCCACUACUUCAUCUAAUCGUUCCUUGAAUCAGUGUCUUUUUACUGGUCCAAAGCUUCAGCAGGAUAUUGUUGAUAUCAUGCUCCGAUUUCGUGUACACCAAUUCACCUUCACAGCAGAUGUGUGUAAAAUGUAUCGACAAAUACUGGUACUUCCACAAUAUCGGAAGUACCAACACAUCUUCUGGCGUGCGUCACCGUUGGACGAACUUAAGGAGUACCAACUGAACACGGUCACUUACGGAGUGAACUGUGCUCCUUACCUAGCGUUGCGAGUUCUGAAGGACCUUGCCGACAAUUGUUGUGCAGAGUUUCCAGGUGUCAAACAGGCACUAACUCACCAAACUUACGUUGACGAUAUUUGCGUUGGCGCCGAUAGCACAAGCCAACUGUUGACAUUGAAAUCUGAUUUGAAAUCUGUUCUGAGUACCGCUGGUUUUGAGCUGAAAAAAUGGUCCAGUAAUGAUCCACAGAUUCUGGCUACUAUUCCACAAGAGGAUCGUGUCCAAAGGAUCUUACAGUUCGAUGACCCUGAGGCGGGAUUGGUCAAGGUUCUCGGUUUGAAUUGGGACUCUUCCGAAGAUACUUUUGGUUUUGAAGUCUCUUCUUCGUGUGAUGUCAUGACCAAACGCGCCGUUCUGUCAACCAUUGCCAGAAUAUUCGAUCCAAUUGGCCUUAUCGCUCCAGUUAUCUUCUAUGCCAAGCAUAUAUUGCAGAAAAUCUGGAAGGCAGGAUUAGCUUGGGAUGCGCCACUUCCGUCCGACUUGACUGAGGAUUGGAAAAUCUUUGUCCAAGAUCUCCAUACAUUGACUAAAGUCAAGAUUCCGCGUUUUCUGGCUACAAAAAAUGGUUCCCAUGUCCAGCUUUGCGGUUUUUGUGAUGCUUCAGAGCAAGGCUACGCAGCAAUUGUUUAUCUUCGCUUGAUUCAGCCAGAUGGAUCCGUCUCCAUUUCCCUUCUAGGAUCCAAGACGAAAAUGGCGCCCAUGAAGAAGAUCACUAUACCUCGACUUGAAUUGUCUGCUUCUGUUCUAUUGGCGCGAUGGAUGGCUCGCGUCAAAGCGACACUUGACCAUCAACUCGUUAUCACUAAUGUUUUUGCCUGGUCUGACUCACAAAUAGUUUUGUCUUGGUUGAUCAAUCCACACUCUUUGUUCAAAAUAUUUGUCUCUAAUCGAGUGCACCAGGUGCAUCAACUUUUACCAUCGUGUAAAUGGGGAUAUGUACGUACUGAUGAUAACCCGGCUGAUUGUGCCUCGCGUGGAAUGCAGCCCUCAGCCCUUAUGCAACUCCCCCUGUAUUGGCAUGGGCCUAAAUUUUUACGUAAUUCUGAGGAUACCUGGGACCUUUCGCCUUGUAUAAUGUCCUUAGAAGAGCUGCCUGAAACAAAGGGCGUUUCCUUAGCUGUGCAUCUCAACACUGAUGGCGAAUGGUUCUCACGUUUUUCUUCAUAUACCAACAUGCUUAGAGUCGUCACAUGGAUGCGUCGUUUUAUUGGAUCAUGUCAAGGUAAGACGUACUCCAAUGCCUUUCUAUGUCAAUCGGAAUUAACUGAUUCCCUAACAGUUCUUGUCAAAGCGUCUCAAUUACAGACACUGGGGAAAUUGCUACACAAUUUGCAGCAUGAUCAAGCGCCACCUCGAACGUUUGCUGUGCUCCGCCCAUUCAUUGAUCCUUGUGGCUUGAUCCGUGUCGGUGGUCGUUUGGCACAUGCUGAUUUAACAGAAGCUCAAAAGCAGCCAAUAUUACUGUCAAAGACAUCUUAUCUUUCGUUACUUAUUGUCCGGCAUUGGCACCUUGUGACGUGCCAUUCGGGACCUAGAGUUAUAACAGCUUUAAUCGCUCGUCAAUUUUGGAUUGCGUCUGUGCGGUGUGUGAUCAGGAAAGUCAUUGGUUCAUGUACCAUAUGCGUCAGAGCAAUUGCUCAAACUCAAACUCCCCUCAUGGCUGAUUUGCCCGCGGUACGUGUUCAAGCUUGCCGACCGUUCUCCCGUGUUGGGAUUGACUACGCUGGUCCCUUGCCAAUGCGCGAAUGCCGCUUGCGGAAGGCAAGACAAUAUAAAGUGUAUGUCGCUGUAUUUGUAUGCAUGGCCGUGAAGGCGGUGCAUUUAGAAAUAGUAUUGGACUUGACUACCGAUGCGUUCUUGGCCGCACUCGAUCGUUUCGUUGCGCGACGUGGUCUUCCGCACGAAAUAUUCUCAGACUGCGGGACCAAUUUUGUUGGAGCGUCAAAACAAUUGCGUCAAUUAGUGAACAAUCCGGAAAAUCAUCACAGACUUUCUUCCCACUCUUCGUGUACAUGGAUUUUCAACCCACCAAGUGCUCCGCACUUCGGUGGAUUGUGGGAAGCUGCAGUACGCUCGUUUAAGACUUUGCUAACCCGUGUCAUGGGUAGUCAUAAUCCGUCACUCGAGGAACUGUCUACCAUUUUAUGCCGUAUCGAAGCGAUCUUAAAUUCGAGGCCACUCACUCCGAUGUCAUCGUCGCCUCUUGAUCUCGACUACUUGUCUCCGGGGCACUUUUUAAUUGGACAACCUCUGCUCGCUGUUCCUGAACGUCAUAUACCCGAGGACAGCCGGAAAAUUGUCAAUCGUUGGAAGUUACUUCAUCAGUUUCAUCAGUCGUUUUGGCGUCGGUGGACCAGUGAAUACCUGUGUUCAUUACAGGCACGAACCAAAUGGACAAACAAUGUUCCUAACCUCAAAGAUGGAGACAUGGUUGUAAUUAAAGACAACCAGAGCCCUCCUACGGCGUGGCGUUUAGGUCGGGUCUUGAGUGUCAUGCCUGGAGCUGAUGGCGUUGUGCGUGUAGCUAGAGUGUUGACGGCCCAGGGUGAGCUUACCAGACCAGUUGUAAAAUUGGUGCUGCUGCCCACAGAAUAG